CUGCAACGGCCUGUCGCUCGGUGUCAAGGAGAAGGAGUUCCGCACCAGCAAGUUCAAGUCUGGCUUUGACCCUCUGUGGAUGGAUAUGCUCGAGAAGCACGCCGAGAAGCCGUACCACUGUAUGGUCGGCGGCGGUGACCAGAUCUAUAGCGACCUGAUCUCGUUUGAGCCCUCCCUGCAAGGAUGGCUGCACGAGCCGAACAAGAAGACCAAGCGCACGAUGCCAGCCAACUCGACCAUCCCCAUGGUCAACAUGCUCGACGACCACGACCUCAUUGACGGUUUCGGUACCUACGACGACGCGACCAUGAAGGGUCCUAUUUUCUCCCUCAUCGGUAACCGCGGUUACUUUUGGUACCUGGCAUUCCAGCUGUUCACCGUGGACGCUUUUGACGGCGUCGACUACUCGCUUGGCAACCACUGGAUCCCUUCCCUGUUCUUUGGUGGAAUGGGCCCUUACAUCAAGUCUCAUGCCCACUCGCUCAUGGUCUACCUCGGUCCCAACGUCGCCCUCAUGGCCCUCGACUGCCGUGCUGAACGUACCUACCACCAGAUUGUCUCAAAGGAGUCUUACGAAGGUGCAUUCUACGCCAUCUCGCAGCUCCCGCCCACGGUCCAGCAACUUGUGCUCCUCCUCGGUGUCCCUAUUGCGUACCCGCGCAUGUCGUUCCUCGAACACUUCCUUGGCUUCAAGUACAACCCGGCCAUCAUGCUCGCAAGGCACAACGCGUUGGGUCUCGGUAGCCUCGUGAACAAGUUUGACAAGGAACCCGAGCUUCUUGACGACCUCAAUGACCACUGGUGCGCCAACGUCCACAAGAAGGAGCGUAAUGCGCUUGUAAUUCAGCUGCAGGACAUUGCCCUCCGCCAGCGUCUCCGCAUCACCUUCCUCUCGGGUGAUGUCCACCUGUGUGCCGUGGGCCGUCUCUUCACCCACAAGCACAAGGAGGGUGGGCCCGAGACGGACCACCGGUACAUGCUCAACGUCAUCACCUCGGCCAUUGUCAACACCCCUCCCCCCGGACCCGUUGCGUGGCUCGUCGCCAAGCUCGGUGGCCACAAGCACCGCACCCUCCACAGGAAGCAUACCGACGAGGACAUGGUCGACGUCUUCCAAAAGGACACGGAUGGCUCGCAUGUCAAGCGCCCCUACGUCCUCGCCCGCCGCAACUAUGCCUCCAUCGAGUACAAGUCCAGCGGCGCACUCGAGUUUGACAUUCGCGUGGAGAAGGAGAAGGGCGCGGGCACCACAAUCGGGUACCCCGUCAACUCCCCGCCUCCCCAGUGGAAGGCUGCCCCGGCCGGCUCGCUUGUCUGA